UUGCUGGUGCUGAUCAAAGAGAAGAAUCAAGACCAGUAUGCGUUCAUCAAGCGUGUCGCCGAGCUGCAGCUAGGCAUUCAGACUGUAUUCUGUAUACAGGAUGAGAAGCGGCUGACAGCUUUCAACGCUCAGGCUGCAUCGAACAUCGCAUUGAAGUUCAACAUGCGCUCCGCAGGAGUCAAUCACGAUCUUGGCACCCAAGGUUUCGCGGCUUUGAAGACGCCAAAUCGACUCAGCAACACGAUCGUCCUUGGUGCUGAUGUGACGCAUCCGCCGACGUCUUCCAGCCCAGGUACGCCAUCGAUCGCGGCUGUUGUUGGCACGACUGAGGACGACUUCAUGCACUUUCCUGGCUCAAUGCGGCUGCAGCGCGGCAGACAAGAAGACAUUGUUGAGCUGGGCGACAUGGUCAAGGAGCGCUUGAUCGAUUGGGCAGAAAAGCAUGAAAAGCGUCUGCCUGCAAACAUGCUAUUCUACCGAGAUGGAGUCUCCGAGUCGCAGUACGAAAGAGUUCGGCUUUACGAGAUUCCUCAGAUCCAGCAGGCAUACAAUUGGGCACGCGACUUGACCUAUGUUGUCGUCGGAAAGCGCCACAACACUCGCUUCUACGCCCUGCAAGCUGCCGACGCCGAAGUCAAGAAGCAGCCAUUCAACACAUGUGGAAACGUUCGUCCCGGUUUGGUCGUUGAUCAAGUCAUCACCCACCCCCAUUCCCUCGAUUUCUAUCUCCAGUCUCACCAGCCUAUCAUCGGCACUGGAAGAUCUGCUCACUACUUCACCCUGACCAACAACAUGCAAUUCACGGCAGACGAGCUUCAAAAAGUGACUCACGAUUUCUGCUACGCCUACGCUCGUGCCACCAAAGGCGUCUCGUACUGCGCUCCAGCAUACUAUGCAGAUCGUCUCUGCGACAGAGGUCGUGCGUACCUU